AGGAAGACAGGUAACUUUAUUUGUGUUGCAGAUCUGCAUUCAGAGGAUAACAAGAACAGAAUACUACCAGAUUUGGAUUUAGGAACUGUCUGCCUAAUGGAAACCUGUAAUGAAAACUUAUGUCAAGUGUGCAGCCAUGCAUCCUUCAAGUAUAAAUGUCCAUCCUGUUCCUUGAGAUAUUGUAGUGUAUCAUGUUACAAGACUCACAAAGCAACACCAUGUCAACCCAAAAAAGAAGCAAAUGUAACUUUGGAAAUAGAUGGGCAAGGAAAUAUUUUAUCUCGUCAGAUACUGUUCCCAACAGAUGACACAGUAAUGCCUGCAACUUUGGAAAAAUUAGAAACUUCAGAGAAAUUAAAGGAACUCCUCAAGAACCCGCAUUUGAGAGAAAUGAUUCGGGAGGUUGACAGUCAUCCAAAUGCAAAGCUUAUGAUGCACAGAGCUAUGAAAGAACCAAUAUUCACAGAAUUUGCAGAUAUUUGUUUAAACAUUGUAGAACCUGAAGAUGUUGAAGCAUCUAAUUGGACAGGUGAAACCUGAAAAUUCAUAAUUUGAAAUUAAAUCUAGAAUGGAUUGUACUGUUCACAUGGAAGGGAUGAUAUAAAAAAAACAUGCAGGACUCUUUGUCUGAUAAGGUCAGAAGUAGGUUCUAUUGUAAAAUUAUAGUUUAUGUUGUACAGUCAAAAGCGAAUUUGGUGUAUAAUUAAAUUUCAUGACUAAAUAAAUAGAUUAUUUGUAGGAAAUUUUUGUAGACUCAGUGUAUGCAGUGAGAGAGAACUCAAAAGGGAUAUCUAGUUUAAACUUGUGUAGAUGAAAUAAUGAAACUCCUUUAAAAAUUUGUUUGUAUGCAGAUUUUUUUAGUCAAUUGUUGGUAGAUUUUUUAUACACUUCAUACUGUGUACUACUAGGAAGUAAUUUUAGUUAGGCAUAAAGGUGAUUUUGUUGUAAAUUAUUUAGUUCCCACAAAAGUCACGAUAAAAAAAUUUAAAAGGUACAAAAAUCAGUAAAAGGACAAAAAACUAGAUCAGGAUAAUUCUAAGGAAAGGCAUAUUGAAAGUUUUAUUUAUUCAUUUUGGACACAUCAUUGACACAUGUCAUGCCAUUCUUCAACCUAUGAUAAAAUAGUUGAAAAUAUACAGUAGUCAGACACCUGUUAAAAAUAGACUUGGUUCAUCCUUAUGAUUGUUGGCAAAUUUAAUAUUCUGCUGCCCAUAAAGAAAUACUUUUUUUAUGUCCCAUAUGCAGAGAAUGUCUGUGGUUUCUUGUAACGGAAAAUUGCAUUUUCAAUGCAUAAUAAUUAUGAAAAUGUCCAUCUCACCUGCUUAAAUAAGGCUUAAAAUCUUACCUUGUGUAAUUAUUAUUGUUGAAAUUCCAGAUCAAUGCACAGGUUGUGUCGGACAAAGUCUUGAGGUAUUGAGCUGUUCAUGUUUGUCAAGUGAAAAAGUGUAAUACAGUAGUUUAUGCAUCAAUAGCCAUCAGUAUGGCUAAACCUAGACAAGAAAUUGGCACUAAAUAUAGCCAAGUCCAGAAGAAAAAAUGCCAAACAAAAAUAUAAAGAUUAUACAAAAGUAAGAAGGUUCAGUGUAUGAAAGCAGUUUGGAAUGCAUGAGCUAUUUAUUUUAGUCUAAAACAAUCCUCAGUAUGUCACUAUCAAUGAUGUAGCUAAAGACAGAAGGGCAUAUCAUAGUAGUAAAUGUACGCUCAUCUAUUCUUUUUAGCUUUUGCUAUACAUAUUAAACAUUAAGUACUUGAGAUUUAAAUUGUUCAUGUGACAGCUAAACCUCUAAGGUAAUGAACAACCAAAGAGUUAUUGCAGACAAUAAACCUGAUGACAACCAGGAAUCAGUCACAUUGUACCAACUCAAACAGUAUAAAACAGAUUUUGUCAGGUACAAGAGUCUGAAUUGAAUUUACUAUGUCCACAUAACAUAUACAGGGAAAAUGUAUCAAAAUAAAUUUCUAGGUGUCAACCAAGGACAUUUCAUAAGGUACUUUUAACAAGUCAUAUAUCACAAUCUUCAACAUAAUAUACUAUUAGGAAGAGCCUGUACGGCAACCAAAAAUAUUAAUGAAAGAAUGAAAAUUGCUUGGUAAUAAUAAUCCAGCACAAGAAAUUGAAGUACUAUAAAUUGCACAUAAGGUUUAUAUGAAAUCCAUGAGAUUGAGAGUAAUAGGGCAAAAUCAACAUCAUAUUGAAUCACUUAUCUUUAUUGCCCUUCAAGAACAAAUCAAUGCAUACAAAUUUCUAGCCAGAAUCUUAGUGAUGUUAUUGUCCAGAUGCUUGCCUUUUACAUAGAACAAACAAUACAUUAUUACAAAUUUCAUAUGUAAAUUGAGCGAAUCAUCACAGCUGUUUCAUUACUGUCAAUAAAUCCUGUGUGGUGAAUAUGUAGGGAGACAGGUUAUGGUAUAAAUGUUUCCUUCCUCCAUUUCUAUAGAGCAGCAAAAAGAUAAUCACUUCCAAGAGUCGGCAGUAUUGUUUCAUUCUGACCAGCAGAUCACACUACCCGACAAUGGUGAUCAACUUUUUGAAUGUGAUUUACAGGAAACUGUCAGUAUGACUCUUAUUAAACUUUUUGGAGGGUUUUGAUCUGAAUCUAAACUGAAAUGACUGAAUAUUACUAAACAUUUGAAAGAUUAUGGAUGAAACUAAAGGUUCUAGAAACCCUGCUAAACUGGCAAAGAUAGUCUACUGAUACAGUAGUGAACACCUAAAUGUCCUCCCAUUUUUCACCAAUGCAUAACAUCACCUAGGGGCUUUUAUGAUCGAACCAUCAUUCCACUGACCAUUGUCAGUGGGUGAGCUUCUGAUCAAAACUGAUGUACACAGUUGUUUCAAAACAUUUAUUCCAGUUCUAAGGAAUAUACUUUCUUGAGUGUUUCAUUAGGAAUGUUUGAGAAAUAUUGAAGUCUGAAAGUACAUUUCAUUUACACUAUUUCAUAUUUCAUUUUUCAAGUCUGUAGUUAUGCAGGGGCCCCAUGUUUUCAAUGUCCAAGGCCUUUCAUUGGUCCUUAAUCCAGAAUCGGUGUGGAGGUAUUUUUGGCAAAUUUCAAAAAUGCAUACUCUGGCGUCUGCUCUUGGCCUGGCCACCAUUCGUCACUUUAUGGUUAUGAUCCCGAGUAAGCAUCAGUCCAGGACAUGAGAAAAUGGAGUCCUCUGAAAAGAACAAUUUUCUUUAGAAGAUGCUAUUGACAAAAAUGCACUAAUUCAAAACCAAUACUCAAUAUAUUCAAAUUGUCAAACUGCCAAACUCUUGAAUGAAAAGCAGUAAAGUAAGCUCUCUCUACUAAAAAAAAAAAA